GCGCUGGUAUAGUAUCAUAGAUACCUGUCGCUAAAAAUGGCGUUCUUGUAAUAGAAGCUUUUACUUAAUGUGUAAAAUUCAUCUAUUAGAAAUUCUCUCGUGUACUAACUAUAUUUUUUAAUUAUAAUUGGUAUAAAAAGUCUUAACGUAGUAAUUAUAUGUGACUGUUAUGUGUAAAUUGGUGUUAGUGUCGACAAGAAAUACGUUUUUAAAACGUAUCGAAACGUGUGUUUUAUUAUAAGUGCUAAUUCUUUCAAGCUAAAUGAUAAGUGAAUUGAUAUCGACAAAUGCAUGUACAUUGUCAUGUUACAUAAAAAUAAGUUCCCAUCUAUCGAUUCGCCGAAAUGUCUGUGCACUAUAAAUUCAAGAGUGCUCUGGAAUACGAUACUGUCACUUUUGAUGGACUUCAUAUAUCUGUAGGCGAUUUGAAAGCGGCGAUCUCGCAACAAAAGCGAAUUGGAAAGACUUCGGAUUUUGAUUUGCAAAUUACAAAUGCUCAAACAAAAGAAGUUUAUGUGGAUGAUAAUACUUUGAUUCCGAAGAACACAUCUUUACUCGUUGCUAGAGUACCACUUUCUCAGCAGCCAAAAAAACAGUGGGAAGGAACUAAUAGUAAUUCAUCAGCAUUACAUAAAGAUGUGGCACUUAAUAAAGGACUUGCCGAUCUGUCACGCAUGGAAGGUAGCGAACAGGAUAAAAUAAAUGCUAUGAUUUCGCAAUCAACAUUUGACUACGAUCCUAGCAAUUAUCAGAAAAUUAGAGGACAAAAUCAGAGAGGUACAGUGCCAGCAAACUACACUUGUUAUAAGUGUCAGAAACGUGGACAUUGGAUUAAAGAUUGCCCAGCUGCUAAUUCGGGUGAUUCAGUUGAUAUAAGGCGUAGUACAGGAAUUCCUAGAAGUUUUAUGGUACCUGUAGAGGGACCAAAAGCACCAGGCGCAAUGAUGACUCCUAGUGGAACAUUUGCAGUGCCUGCUGUAGAUCACGAGGCCUACCUGGCUUCAGAGAACGCUGGCGGUGCAGAUACACCUACCAAUGCUCCAGCUGCGCCGGAACCCAAUAUUCCUGAUGAAUUGAUCUGCAGUCUAUGCCGUGAUCUUCUUACUGAUGCUGUGAUGAUACCUUGCUGCGGAAAUUCCUUCUGUGAUGAAUGUAUUAGAGGAGCCUUGCUAGAAUCUGAAGACCAUGAGUGUCCAGAUUGUCGUGAAAAGGAAAUUGCACCCACAACACUAAUCCCAAAUAGGUUCUUGAGGAAUUCAGUGUCGUCAUUUCGUAAUCAGACCGGCUACAGCCGACGUGCACCGCAUCGACCUGCUGUGGCACCGAUGCAAGCUCCUCCACCAAUGAUGGAGCCGCUUCCAGCAGUUCCCGUGCAACAACCCCCGAAUGGACCCGCACAGGCCGCUUUGCCAGCCGGUGGACCACCACCAUCUCUUAAACCUCCUGGCUUGGAUACACCGCCACCAAAUAUUCCAAUGAAUAUAUCAAGAAUUGAGGAGCAACGAGCCAGCACUCCAACAAUUGAUGAACGACGAGAUCCCAUGUCUUCUCAGGUAAUUUAUUAAUUAUAUAUUUGUUGUAUACAAUCUUGUGGGCCACCAGGUUUUAUGCCUUCGUUACCACCGUCGCGGCGUUACAAUAACCCUCCUUAUAGUAGACAUGGACCUAGGCGUACACCGGGCCCAUAUGAUGAUCCCUAUCGUCCACUAGAGCCGUAUCAGCCACCACCACCCGGAAUAAAAGACUCACCUUCUAAUGGGCACGAUGAGGAUCCGCUCGAGGCGUUCAACCGAAUGAUCCGUGAGAAGGAAAUGCGAGCAAAACGCCGCGAAGAGCGGCGGAGAGCGCAAUCGGGGUCGCGCAGCCCACGCUCCCGCUCGCCGCGCUCGGUGCGCUCGAUGCGCUCGCCGCGCUCGGUGCGCUCGCCGCGCUCGGUGCGCUCGCCGCGUGCGCAGCGCUCGCCGCGCUCGCCGCCACGCUCGUCACGCUCUCCCCGCUCGCCGCCACGCUCGCCCCGCCCGCGUCCUCGUAGUCGUGCCUCCAGCCGCCUCCGGUAUUCUAGGUCCCGGUCGGCAUCUCACGGUCGCCGGCCUCGCUCGCCGUGGUCGCCGCGUUCACCCCGCUCGCCGCGACGUCGCCGUACGCGGGAACGGACUUUAUCACUUACGAGGUCGCCAUCGCCCCGUCGCCGACACAGAUCUCCGUUGCGUUACCGCUCGCCGCUACGAUCGCCAGGCCCACGCUCUCCGUUGCGUUCGCCGCCGCGAUCGCCGCCGCGGUCACCGCCACGUUCGCCGCCACGUUCACCGUUACGAUCUCCCCGUAGGCCGGUGAUGCGUUCGCCGGUGCCGCGUCCCAUGUCUCCGCAUCGAUACCCUGGAGUAUAUGACGAACUGUUGUCGCCGCCUCGUCGUAGCAUUGAGUCAUCUUUUGGAUCCAGAUAUGGCCCCAGAAACAGUGUCCCUCCGCCAGGAUUCCCUCCUAUGGGUGUAAAGCCUAUGCAGAUGAGUAAUGUAUCAGUACCAACGGAACCACCACCUGGUUACAGAGGUCGUUACGAUGGACCACCAUUUGAAGAUAUUCCUCCUGGAGUCGAGCCACCUGUACCUGGUUUUGAGCCUUCACCUUUUGAAAAACCACCAUUUGGUCCACCAAGUGUAAUAGAUCGUGAGAGAGGACCGCCACCAAAUUACAGGGAACCAUAUAGGCCUCCGCCAUAUGUUGACGGACCCGUUGGAUUUAGAGAUAUGCCAAUACAAAAUGUACCAAACGAGAUACCUGUCCAUGUUGGUGAUCAAUCACGAUAUCGUGAUAAUUACAGAGCGACACAUUCAUUCCGUGAUCAGGGUCCCAUACCAUUCAGAGAUGGGCAACCAUAUCGCGAUGCCGGACCUCAGGGACCUUAUCGAGAUGGUAAUUUUAGAGGCGGGCCUCCUUCAUUCAGAGAUACUUCAUAUAGGAACGUUCCGUAUAGAGACGGCGGUUACAGAGAGAAUGCGCCUCAUAAUUUCCGUAAUAAUGACGUUCCAUUUAGACCUCCCAGUGUCGAUCCUAGAGAGCCGCCUCUGCCAACAAAUUAUCACGAUCCUAAUUUUAGAGAUGGGUACAGAGAAGAAAAUAGUUCUAAUCGCGAGCACAUACGAUCUGGUUAUCGACCUAAUAUGCGAAAUAGAGGUGGAUCCCGGCGGAAUCCAAAUCUGGAACAUGAGAGGCAUAGAGAUAGAGAAGGCCGAGAUAGGGAACGAUAUAAUGAACCUCGUGACCCAUCUGAACGUUCAGAUAGACCUCGUGAUAUCGAUAAAAGAUCUGGUUACGAUAAAGGGCGAGAGAUACGGGACGGUCGUGAAGAUAGAAUGAAAGAAUAUGAAAAAGGGCGAGAGUAUGAAAAAGAAAGAGAUCGUGAUCACGACAGAAAUUCGCCAGAUAAAAAAUCCCGAUUAUCACCUAAAAGGAAUCGAGAAUUACGAGAUAAAAAACGCAGUGAAUCUAGAGGUCGUUCUCGCGAUAGAGAUAAUAAACGAGAAAAGAAAGAAGAAAAAAUAUCUGAAAAAACUUCGGCUGACAGGAGUAGGGAUCAUAAAGAGAAAGACAAAAAAGUCAAAGACAGGAAAAAGAAGAAAAGAGAAAAAGAAAAAGAUAUCGAGAAGAAGAAAAAACGAGACAAGAGAGACAAGAAGGAGAAGGAGGCUUCUACUAAAAAAGAAGACAAUAUUGAGAAAAGUGAUCUUAAAGAUAAUGCUGAGGAAAUGGGAGUAAACGAACAAAACAAAGACAUUAAAAUCAAUACAGAAGCAAAUAAUGAAGAAAAGGUUCAAGUACAACCAAAUAAAGAAUCUGUAAAUAAUAAUAAAACUGACUCUCCGAAAAUAGAAUCUAAAAUAAAUGUUUCUGAUGAAUUAUAUGGAGAUGAAGCUGCCGAGGCUAUAGACAAAGAAAUAAUUGAAAAUUAUGUAAAACAAGAGGAUAAUAAUUUAUCUAAUGAAAUUAAAAAUGUCGGUGUCAUUAAUAAGGAGGAACCUUUUGAUGGAAUUGAGCUUCAAACCAAUGUUGAUGAGUUGGAAAUAAAAACAGGUAGUGAAAUUACUGGUCAAAACAAAGAAAUGUUAGCACCUAUGCCUGAGCUUUCAAAAUGGGAAGUAGAUGAAGAUAAUAUUGAAAAAUUAAAAGAGCCUGGAGAAAUAUCAUCUCCUGAAGAAGAAGACGAUGGAGGUAAAAUCGUCACCUCUGAUGUAAUAAAACGAGCUGAAAAUGCGAUAUUUGCUAAGGCUAUUAAUUCUUUAAGACCAAUUGAAAUAAAGAAAAUAAGUAGUGAUAGACUAAAAUUAUAUGGUGAUGAAGAAACAAAAAAUUCAAUGAAUAAUAUACAGAUAACAGUCCCAGUGGCCGAUUCCUCUGAUCUCAGGUCUAUCGAAAUAAAUGAUAAGAAAAAACGAUCUUCUAAAACACCACCACCACGGUUGUCGGUUAAAGAACGGCUUGGUGGAAAAGUAGAGGAUAUACGUAGACCUCGAGAUACUCGGGUUGUGCAGAGUACUGUUGAACGGGUAAAAUCUCGUUCUAAAACACCUAAAAAAGAGCAAAAUUAUCGGAAGGUUACAGUAGAAAGAGAUAGAGGACGAAAAGCCGAUACUAAUAGAUUCGAUCAUUCGAAAAUUGAAAGACGUAUAAUAUCUGAAAAUAUGAAAAUAGGGGAAAAAUAUCGAAAUCGUAGUCCUGAUAGUGACACAAAAAAGAAAGAUUUCAACAAUCUUAAAGAAGAGAAAAGACAUUUAAGUACAAUCGAUUCACGCAAUCGAACACACGAGAAGAAUAUGACAGCAGACAAAAAAUAUGAUAAUAUUGAGCGGGAUAGAAAAAAAUCUACUUUGGAUGAAGCUCACUUUGAACCUGAUUAUGAUGAGAACUUGGAAUCUGAUAAUGAUGUCAAAAAUGAAGCUCUUAAAAAGCGAGAGAGAUCAGUUUCACCUAAUAGUAACAUAGAAAAUAAAAAAGCAAAAAUUGAAAAUGAAACAAUCAAACUAGACUUGACUAAUAUCAAAAAGAAACCAGAUUCAGACAGUGAAUCUUCUAGUGAUUCCGAAUAUUCAUCAUCGUCUUCAUCAUCAGAUACUCGUAAACGGAAGAAGAAGAAAAAACGCAGCAAAAAGAAAAAGAGGCGAGCAGCAAGCGAUAGCGAUAGCGACUCUGACUCCAGUUCAGAUGAUCAUAAGAAAAAGAAAAAGAAACGUAAGCAUAAGAAAAAAUCUAAUAAAAAGAAGAAAAAAUCUAAGCAUAAGUAAUAAUGCUUAAUGGUUUUAGUACUAUAGUAUAUAUUAUUUAACACUUUUUUUAAUCUGUUAGCUAUAGGAAAACAUGGCAAAGAAUGUUUUUGAUGUUAUUAUAUUUAGUUAUAUACAAUAAGGACUUAGGAAAUACCAAAUGCUGGUCUGGUAAUAUAAGUAAACAUACUAAAUUUAUCGUGUAAUAAAUUUUUAAACAAUAAAGUCCAAAGCUGGUGA